AUGACUAUCGCAAUUAUUCUUGUUGUGACACACUACGCUUCUUUACUUCAGACGACCUCGAGCCCGCAACACGCCCAGAACCCUUGGAGUGUUGCCUUUGGGACUGAUAUCCUAUCACAAACACCAGAGGGGGUGAAAGAGGGAGGGGUAAGAGUGGUGAGCAACCAGCGGGGAUAGUGCUGCCUUGGAACGAUUCGGAGACGUAGGAUAGAAUUGACGUGAGAAAGGUUAUACGUAUAUAAAUAUUUACAUGUACUUCUCAAUCUCUAGCCUAUGGUCAUAUUCGCAGAGUCUCGCUAAUCCAAAACUAUC